AUGACAUUAUUACGAUCACGGUCGUCAGUGAUAUCGUUAACGUUGAUCUUGUUUCUUCUAACUAGUCCUUCGUACAAAGCACAGAAAGAAGGUAAAAUUGAUUUUGUUCGAUCGGUAAAUAAUCUUCCACAUACGCAUGAACUUUAGAAACUAAUCUAUAUUCAACAUCUAAUUUUUCUUUUUUCAAACUUUCAUAUCUGCUUUUGAACAUUCACAUCUGACUCGCACUUUAGCUUUACAACGAAUACAAAGAUCUGCAAUGAAAUUGAAACAGGAAAUAAUGGUGAAUCUGAAAUCUACUUGCCUUGGAAAAAACAGGGAGAUCCGAUCUGUCGUCUUGUUUCCCCGCAGCCUUUAUAAUUAUUUAGAUAAAUAAGGUCGCAGCGAGAAAUCCGAGGUGCGCGAAAAAUUUUAUCUAAUGGAUAUUGUUAUUUUGCAGGCGAUAGAUGUAUCACAGAUGGUGUUCCAGGUGUUUGUACGUUUUUUCCGCAAUGCCCUCCGAUGUAUCAAAAUGCAUUGAUCGGGCAAUUUCCACGUCAAGUAUGUGGUUUCUCAAACUUGACACCAAUCCCAAAAUUUAUAAUCGGUGGUACCAAGGCUUCUCACACGGAGUUUACAUUCAUGGCUGCGAUUGGAUUUGGUAGUUUCGAGAACGGAAGUCUUGCCUGGUUAUGUGGUGGUACCCUUAAGAAUUUCAGAACAAUUCGUCGUAACUGCAGUACACUGUACUUACGAUCGGGUAGCGUAAUUUGGGUACGAUUAGGUGACUUAAACCUCGAGAAAAUGGAGGAUGAUGCUGGUGCAAUUAAUGUACGUGUUAUCGAGCGAAUAAGACAUCCCUUAUAUAAACUAUCAUCACGAUAUCACGACAUCGCGCUUCUCAAGUUAGAAAGAGAAAUAACAUUUACUCGAUUUAUACGACCCUGUUGUUUAGCGGACUCCUUAUCAGAUAAUAAUUCCAGUGAUAAGGCUAUUGCAAUGGGAUGGGGGACUGUCGAAUGGGGUGGAAAUAGUUCAAGUGAUUUAUUAAAAGUCACACUCAACUUGAUACCUCAUUCAGAAUGUAACAGAAUAUUCACUAAUGACAGUACACUCCAAUACGGAAUCGUAGAAAAUUGGCAAAUUUGUGCCGGUGGUCCUGGGAAAGACACCUGUCAGGGCGACAGUGGUGGACCAUUAGUUGUUCGUAACAAUACCAGUUUCAUAUUCAGGCUGAUCGGAGUGACAAAUUUCGGGAAGCUUUGUGGUAGUGUUAGUCCCGGUAUAUAUACUCGCAAUUACAAUUAUAUAUCAUGGAUAGAAGAUAUAGUGUGGCCAGAUCCUUAA